CAUAGUAUCUCCUCCUGUUGGAUUCUGGUUACAGUGAAACUUUAUUUUCUGCAGAAGAUUAAUUUACAAUGGCGAUCGCUUCAGUCCGGUGCAGGAUUUGCAAUGUCCUUCUGAACGCCUCUGUCAACAGAAGCUGGAGUUCCGAAGCGACACUCCGGCCUCAGUACGACGCUGUGGUUAUAGGCGGAGGUCACAAUGGGCUUAUAGCUGCAACGUACCUACAGAAAGCUGGAGUGAACACGGCCGUGUUAGAGAAGCGCCAUGUCAUCGGUGGGGCUGCUGUGACAGAGGAGCUCAUUCCAGGUUUCAAGUUUUCCCGUGCAUCUUAUGUGCUCAGUUUGCUGAGACCUCAGAUCUACAAAGAUUUAGAGCUGAAGAAACAUGGAUUAAAGAUACACAUCCGGAACCCAUCUUCCUUCACUCCGAUGUUGGAGGAUGGAGUUGGAAGGAAACCACCUCGCUCACUCCUGAUGGGCAAUAAUAUGGAAGAGACCCAGAAACAAAUUGCACAGUUUUCAGCUAAAGAUGCACAGUCGUACGCUGAAUAUGAGGCUUUCAUCAAUCACAUGGCCUUGUCCGUGGAACCUCUACUGGAUGCAGUACCCGUGGAUGUCCCAUCACUAACUGGUGGCUCACUGAUACAGAAGAUACGGUCUCUACACACUCUCAAACCUCUCAUCCAAGCAGGUUUUAAGCUGGGGAGACAUAUUCCACAGUUCUACGAGCUACUGACAGCUCCAAUAUCCAAAAUUCUAAAUCACUGGUUUGAAUCAGAACCUCUGAAGGCGACUCUGGCUACUGAUGGAGUUAUUGGUGCAAUGAUAAGUCCACAGGCUGCAGGCAGUGGGUAUGUACUGCUUCAUCAUGUGAUGGGGGAGCUCGAGGGGAUUAAAGGGGCUUGGGGUUAUGUGGAAGGUGGAAUGGGUGCACUUUCCGAAUCCAUCGCCAGUGCAGCUACAGAUCAUGGAGCCUCAAUCUUUACAGAGAAGGUAGUGGAUUCCAUUCUCGUGGACUGUCAUGGGAAAGCACAGGGAGUUGUGUUGCAAGAUGGAACUGAGAUAAGAAGCAAAGUGGUUUUAUCCAAUGCCACUGCUCAUGUGACCUUCCUCCAGCUGACACCGAAGGAAUCACUGUCCAGAGACUUUAUUAAGGAAGUUUCAUCCAUCGACUACACUUCUCCCGUUACAAAGAUCAAUGUUGCAGUGGAUCGCUUGCCAAACUUCCUGGCUGUACCUAGCAAUGAUGGGAUACCUCCUUCACAGCGUAUAGCUGGUACCAUUCAUUUGAACUGUGAGGACAUGGCCUAUAUCAAAGAGGCUUAUGAGGAAGCCUGCCAGGGCAUUCCAUCCACCAGACCGUUGUUGGAGUUAUGUAUCCCCUCGAUUCUGGAUCCUACCAUCGCUCCACCAGCCUGUCAUGUCAUCUCUAUCUUCACCCAGUACACACCAUACUAUCUACAAGGAGGUAAAGAGUGGGAUGAACUGGAGAGGAAUCGCUACGCUGAUAGAGUGUUCGACUGCAUUGAGCAGUAUGCUCCAGGAUUCAAGUCCUCUGUGAUUGGGCGUGAUGUCUUGACACCACCAGACCUGGAGAAAGUGUUUGGCUUAACUGGAGGGAAUAUUUUCCAUGGAGCAAUGUCACUUGAUCAGCUGUAUAUGACUCGACCUCUACCCUCAUACUCGAACUACAGAUCACCUGUCAAAGGCCUUUACCUGUGUGGCAGUGGAGCGCACCCAGGAGGUGGAGUGAUGGGAUCAGCAGGCCGUAAUGCAGCAUGUGUUGUCCUUUCUGACCUCAGACGGGUUUAACGGACCCUCUUGCCAGGGCUGUUGGCUUUGAAUACACCUCAACAAAAGAAUAUGCUCACGCAGUCUACGUGUUCAGCGCUUAGAAUGAUUUUUGAAUAGGGAAAUAAAAUUAAUAUCAGUCCAUAGCAUCAGAGAGGAGCACAGGACAGAAUUGAACCAGGCUUGGGCCUUUCAAAGAGUGAGACAGUUAGCCCCUAUAUUCCUGACUUUUUCUUUAUCAAGCAUUUAUCCAAUCCUCUUUGGAAUGCUACUAUAGAUUCCACAUCCGGCACCUUGCAAGACAGCACAUUUCAGAUUCCAAUCACUCCUGGUGUAACAGAGGGAGUACACAAUGAGCAAAAGGACCCUCGGAAGUAAAAAGAAUCAGAGGGACCUUGGUGUGCAAGUCCAUAGAUGCUUGAAGUCAAGAGGACAGUUAGGUAAAAUGGUUAGAAAGGCAUGCGGGACACUUCCCUUUGCUCGUUGAGGCAUUGAAUACAAGAGUAGGGUGGUUAUGGUAAAACGCUAGUUCGGCCACAGCUGGAGUACUGAAUGCAGUACAGCUCUGUUGAAGAGUCAUCUAGACUCGAAACAUUAGCUUGCUGUCUCUCCACGGAUGCUGCCUGACCUGCUGUGAUUUCCAGCACUUUUUGUCUUCUGUUUUCAGUACCGUGUGCAGUUCUGCUCACCACACUGUAGGAAGGAUAUGAUGGUACUGGGUUCACCGGGACUGAGCUUACCUGGCCUGCAGCAGUUUAGCUUCUGAGAGAGUCUGGACAGGCUGGGGAUGUUCUACGUGGAGCAGAGAGGGCUUAGGGGGAAACUCGAUUGAGGUGCACAAAAUUGUAAGGGGCAUCGACAGGGAAAAACUUUUCCCCUUUGAAGAAGGGUCAAUUAACCAGGGGCUCAGACUUAAGGGAAGGAGCAGGUUAUAGAGUUUAGAGGGGAUUUAAGGAAGAAUGUUUUCACACAGAGGUUCAUGAGUAAAAGGUGACAGAGGCAGGAACCCUCAGAACAUUGAAGAAAUAUUUUGAUGACCACUUGAAAUUGUGCACAAGGCUUAGGGCCAAGUGUUGGAAAAUGGGAUUAGAAGAGAUAGCUUUUUGAUGACUGGUGUGGACACAAUGGGCUGAAUGGUCUGUUUCUGCGAUGUGCAACUCUAUGAUGCUAAGAGCUAUACUGCUUUAUCUAAUAAAACAUGAAGUAACCCUUCUAAUUUUCAGGUUCUGAAUUAAAUGUGAUAAUCUGUGCAAGCAGAAUGCAAAUUUCAAGAAAACAUGCAAAUUACUUAUGGAGGUUUGACCUAUUUGUCAUUAAAAGCUGUGAUAAACCAA